AUGUGCCGCGGCCCGCUUCGGGGACCCAGGCGCUCGGGCCUCCGGUCCCGGGCGGCGCUGUGCACAAUGGCGCCCGCUGCCUGCAGCUUGGGUGCGGGCUGCCCGAAAGACUCCGGGACUGACAGCCCUGAAACUUCGCGGGGAGGGGAAGGAAAGACGCGGAGGGAGAGGGUGUGGGGCAGCGUUGCGGGAGACUGUCUAGCCAGUGGAGAGUGGGAGAAUCGGUUAGGGAAACUCUCCACCAAGAUCCACCUAGACUCGAAGGACGAGAUCCGACACCCGCUGCGGGGGUUGAGGACUAGGGACCAAGCUGAGAGAGCGAGGGAUCACAAUGUUGAAAAUGGGGAGAAGUUGAGCCAAGUCCCCUACAGCAAGGACUGGGCAGGCAUGGAGGCUGCAGGGGAUUCUCCUUCGUGCCUAUGCCUAGGCACCCUCUGGGAUGCCAGACUCUUCUUUCAGCACUUCAAUCCACCCUUAACGUCCUCCUUGCUUCAAGAACCUCUCCCAGCUGGUAGUUGUUCUCCCCUCUCCCUGGACAGGCGGUGGUGUGAGCAGACAGAGACCAUCCAUGUGGAAGAGGAAGUAACUCCCCGUCAGGAGGACCUGGUACCCUGCACCAGUCUGUACCAUUAUAUUCGCCUAGGCUGGCAGCUGGACCUGCCCUGGAGUGGCCGUGUGGGGCUCACCAGGCCCCCAGCACUCGGGCUCUGUGCCAUCUACAAACCCCCAGAAACCCGGCCUGCUACUUGGAACCGGACAGUCAGGGCUUGCUGUCCAGGAUGGGGGGGUCCUCACUGUACUGACGCCCUCGCUGAAGCCAACCCUGCAGGCCACUGCUUUGCCACAUGGCAGUGCCAACCUCUAGCAGGCUCGGCUAAUUCUUCGGCAGGGAGCCUGGAAGAAUGCUGCGCCCAGCCCUGGGGACACAGCUGGUGGGACAGCAGCUCCAAGAUGUGUCUCAGCUGUCGGGGUCAGCACCGCCCAGGCAAUGCUUCCUCUGAAGCCCUCCUGCAGCCUCUGGCAGGGGCUGUGGGCCAGCUCUGGAGCCAGCGCCAGCGUCUCUCGGCUACCUGUUCCACCUGGUCCGGCUUCCAUUACCAAACCUUUGACGGGCGUCACUACCACUUCCUGGGCCAGUGUACCUACUUGCUAGCUGGUGCUGUGGAUUCCACCUGGGCUGUCCACCUCAGGCCUAGGGUUCACUGUCCCCAGCCUGGGCACUGUUGGCUGGUUCGAGUGAUGAUGGGCCCCGAGGAGGUGUUGAUCCAAGAUGGAGAGGUCUCCGUGAAGGGCCAGCCAGUGCCUGUUGGGGAGCCUCGGCUGCUCCACGGAAUGAGCCUGCAGUGGCAGGGGGACUGGCUGGUGCUCUCUGGGGGCCUGGGGGUUGUUGUGAGACUGGACAGGUCCAGUUCCAUCUCCAUUUCCGUGGACCAUGAGUUUUGGGGACGGACACAGGGCCUCUGUGGGCUUUACAGUGGCCGACCAGAGGAUGACUUUGUGGAGCCAGAAGGGGGACUGGCCAUGCUAGCGGCCACCUUUGGGAAUUCGUGGAGGCUCCCUGACUAUGAGCCUGGGUGUCUGGAUGCCGUGGAGGUGGCCCAGGGCUGUGACGGUGUCCUGCAAGGUCCACAAACAGGCUUGGAAGCUGGCAAGCUCCAAGCUCAAGCCCAGGAUAUAUGCCACCAGCUGCUGGAGGAUCCAUUCUGGCAAUGUCAUGCCCAGGUGCCCCCAGAUGAGUACCACGAGACCUGCCUCUUUGCCUACUGUGUUGGAGCCAGAGCAGGCAGUGGCUCAGAGGAGCCACGGGAAGCUGUGUGUGCCACCUUGGCCAACUAUGCCCGGGCCUGUGCUAGACAGAACAUCCACGUGCACUGGAGGAAGCCUGGCUUCUGUGAACGCCUGUGUCCAGGGGGGCAACUCUACUCCGAUUGUGUCUCAUCCUGCCCACCCAGCUGCUCAGCAGUAGCCCAGGGAGAGGAGGGGUCUUGUGGGAAAGAGUGUCUGAGUGGCUGUGAGUGCCCGGCUGGCCUCUUUUGGGACGGUGCCCGCUGUGUGCCUGCUGCCCGUUGCCCCUGCUACCACCGGCGCCAGCGCUACGCCCCUGGGGACACUGUGCACCAGCGGUGCAACCCUUGUGUAUGCCAGGAUGGCCGCUGGCACUGUGCCCAGGCCCUGUGCCCUGCUGAAUGUGCAGUGGGCGGUGACGGGCAUUACUCCACGUUUGAUGGGCGGAGCUUCUCCUUCAGGGGCAAUCCAGGCUGCCACUACAGCUUGGUGCAGGACUCUGUGAAAGGCCAGCUGCGGGUUGCAUUGGAGCAUGGGGCCUGUGACACGGGCAGCUGCCUCCAUGCCCUCUCUGUCUUCCUGGGAAACACCCACCUUCAGCUCAGAUACUCAGGAGCUGUGCUGGUAGAUGGGCAGGAUGUAGGCUUGCCCUGGAUUGGUGCUGAGGACGUCAAUGUUUCCCGUGCCUCCUCCACUUUCUUGCUGUUGCGCUGGCCUGGGGCCUGGGUUCUCUGGGGAGUGGCUGACCCUGCAGUCUACAUCACCCUGGACCCCCGCCAUGCCUAUCAGGUGCAGGGUCUAUGUGGCACCUUUACCUGGAAACAGCAGGAUGACUUCCUGACACCAGCUGGGGACAUAGAGACCAGCGUCACUGCCUUUGCUAGCAAGUUCCAAGUGUCAGGUGAUGGAAGGUGCCCUUUGAUGGAUAACACCCCACUGUCCUCCUGCAGCACUUACUCCCAGCGCCUCCCUUUCGCAGAGGCAGCCUGCGCCAUCCUGCAUGGCCCCACCUUUCAGGAGUGUCAUGGGCUAGUAGACAGAGAACCAUUCCGAUUGCGCUGCUUGGAGGCUGUGUGUGGCUGUGCCCCUGGCAGGAACUGUCUGUGCUCCGUGCUCUCUGCCUAUGCACGCCGCUGUGCCCAGGAGGGUGUCCUAAUGCAAUGGAGGAAUGAGACGCUGUGCCCUGUCCUGUGUCCUGGUGGCCAGGAAUACCAGGAGUGUGCCCCAGUGUGUGGUCAUCACUGUGGGGAGCCCGAAGAGUGUAAAGAGCUUGGCAGCUGUGUGGCCGGUUGUAACUGUCCCCCCGGACUGCUGUGGGGCCUGGAGGGCCAAUGUGUGCUUUCCAGCAUGUGCCCCUGUCAGCUUGAAGGCCGCCAUUACACCUUUGGCACAGCCACCACCACGAAAGACUGCAGCCACUGCGUCUGCCAGGAGAGGGGCCUCUGGAACUGCACAGCCCCCCACUGCCCCCCACAGCGGGCACUCUGCCCUCAGGAGCUCAUCUAUGCCCCUGGUGCCUGCCUUCUCACCUGUGACAGCCCCAGCGCCAACCAUUCCUGCCUGGCUGGAAGCACUGAUGGCUGUGUCUGUCCCCCUGGUACCGUGCUGCUGGACAAGCGCUGCGUGACUCCCGAUCUGUGUCCCUGUCGUCACAAUGGGCAGUGGUACCCACCCAACGCCACCAUCCAGGAAGAUUGCAACAUUUGUGUGUGCCAGGGCCAGCGGUGGCACUGCACAGGUCAGCGGUGCAGUGGAUGGUGCCAGGCGUCUGGUGCUCCCCACUACGUGACUUUCGAUGGGCUGGUCCUUACCUUUCCUGGGGCCUGCGAGUACCUGCUCGUGAGAGAGGCUAGUGGCCGCUUCAGUGUCUCCAUCCAGAACCUGCCUUGUGGGACCAGUGGCCUCACUUGUACCAAGGCACUGGCCGUGCGUCUGGACAGCACCGUUGUGCACAUGCUCAGAGGCAGGGCAGUAACAGUGAAUGGAGUGAGCAUAAAGCUCCCCAAGGUUUAUGCAGGCCCUGGACUGAGCCUGCACCGUGCCGGCCUCUUCCUGCUGUUAACCACGCGUCUGGGCCUCACUCUGCUCUGGGAUGGAGGCACCCGGGUGCUGGUACAGCUAUCCCCCCACUUCCAAGGUCAUGUGGCUGGGCUGUGUGGAGACUUUGAUGGUGAUGCCAGUAAUGACCUGCGGAGCCGCCAAGGAGUCCUGGAGCCCACCGCAGAGCUUGCCGCCCAUUCCUGGCGUCUCAAUCCCCUGUGCCCGGAGCCGGGAGACCUGCCACACCCCUGUGCAGUGAACACCCACCGGGUGAACUGGGCCCAGGCCCGCUGUGGGGUGAUAUUGCAGUCCAUCUUUGCCCCGUGCCACACAGAGGUGCCCCCGCAGCAGCACUAUGAGUGGUGUGUGUACGAUGCCUGCGGCUGCGACACCGGGGGAGACUGUGAGUGCCUCUGCUCAGCCAUUGCCGCUUACGCUGACGAGUGUGCCCGGCACAGACACCAUGUGCGUUGGCGCAGCCAGGAACUCUGCCCCCUACAGUGUGAAGGAGGUCAGGUAUAUGAAGCCUGCGGCUCCGCCUGUCCCCCCACCUGCCAUGAUCGUCAUCCCGAGACCGGAUGGCACUGCCAGACCAUCAGCUGUGUGGAGGGCUGCUUCUGCCCCGAGGGGACACUGCUGCAUGGAGGAGCCUGUGUGCAGCCGGCUGCCUGUCCCUGUGAGUGGGGUGGCAGUUUCUUCCCACCAGGGACUGUUUUGCAAAAAGACUGUGGAAACUGCACCUGUCAGGAAAGUCAGUGGCAUUGUGGAGGUGAUGGUGUCCCCUGUGAGGAGAUGGAACCUGGCUGUGCAGAAGGAGAGGCUCCGUGCAGAGAGAGUGGGCACUGUGUGCCACUUGAGUGGCUUUGUGACAACCAGGAUGACUGUGGCGAUGGCUCAGAUGAGGAGGGCUGUGCCACCUCAGGCUGUGGGGAGGGGCAGAUGUCUUGCCAAUCUGGCCACUGCCUGCCCCUGGCUCUGCUCUGUGAUGGGCAGGAUGACUGUGGAGAUGGCACCGACGAGCAGGGGUGCCCGUGUCCCCAUGGCUCGCUGGCCUGUGCUGACGGUCGCUGCCUGCCCCCCGCCCUGCUGUGUAAUGGUCAUCCUGAUUGUCUGGAUGCUGCGGACGAAGAGUCCUGUCUGGGACAGGUGAGCUGCACAUCUGGAGAGGUAUCUUGUGAUGACGGCACUUGCAUUGGGACCAUGCGGCUGUGUGAUGGAGUUUGGGACUGCCCAGAUGGAGCUGACGAAGGGCCUGGCCACUGCCCUCUGCCUUCUCUGCCUACACCCCCUGCCAACACCUGGCAGAGCCCUUCUACCAGCUCUCUGGUUACAGCAUCAAGCCCUAUGGGCAGUGCCAGCCCUGUGCCCCCCUGCGGCCUCCUCGAGUUCCAGUGCAGCAGUGGAGAAUGCACUCCUCAGGGCUGGCGCUGUGACCAGGAGGACGACUGCACAGAUGGAAGUGACGAGCUUGGCUGUGGUGGGCCCUGCAUGCUGCACCAGGUGCCCUGUGCCCACAGCCCGCACUGUGUGUUCCCGGGACAGCUAUGCGAUGGUGUGCCCCAGUGCCCGGAUGGUUCAGAUGAGGAUCCCGAUGCCUGCGAGGGGCUGUCAGUCCCAGGAGGCCCCAACAGGACAGGGGGUCCCUGCCCAGAAUUCUCCUGCCCGAAUGGCACCUGCAUUGAUUUCCUGCUGGUCUGUGAUGGGAACCCAGACUGUGAGUUGGCAAAUGAAGCAGAGCCCUCCCUGGAAGAGCAGGGUUGUGGGGCCUGGAGCUCCUGGGGCCCAUGGGAGCCGUGCAGUCAGACCUGCGGGCCUGGCACACAGGCUCGGAGUCGACACUGCUCCCCAUCCAGUCUCCCGGUGCUACAGAACUGCCCAGGCCCGCAGCACCAGUCACAGGCCUGCUUCACAGAGGCCUGCCCGGUGGAUGGCGAGUGGAGUUCUUGGUCUCCCUGGUCUCCGUGUUCUGAACCCUGUGGGGGCACCAUGACACGCCAUCGGCAGUGCCAUCCACCCCGGAACGGGGGCCGGGACUGCGCCCUGCUGCCUGGGAGCCCCCAUAGUGCCCACCAGGCCCAUCCCUGCCCGCAGGAGGGCUGCCCCAAUGCCACUUGCUUCGGGGAGCUGGUGUUCCAGCCCUGUGCCCCCUGCCCUCUGACAUGUGAUGAUGUUUCUGGUCAGACCACGUGCUCGCCUGAUAGGCCCUGCAGCAGCCCAGGUUGCUGGUGCCCAGAAGGGCAGGUGCUGGGCACCGAGGGGCAAUGUGUGAAGCCCAGGCAGUGCCCCUGCCUAGUGGAUGGUAUCCGUUACUGGCCUGGGCAACGCAUCAAAAUGGACUGCCAGCUCUGCUUCUGCCAGGAUGGGCGACCACAUCGCUGCCAGCCCAAUCCAGAAUGUUCUGUGGAUUGUGGCUGGUCCUCCUGGUCCCCCUGGGCGGAGUGCCUGGGGCCCUGCAGCAGCCAGAGCCUCCAGUGGUCUUUCCGGAGCCCCAACAACCCGCGCCUCUCGGGUCGGGGUCGCCAGUGCCGUGGCAUCCACCGCAAGGCCCGCAGGUGCCAGACAGAGCCUUGUGAGGGCUGUGAGCAGUGGGGCCUCAUGCACCAUGUUGGGGAACGCUGGCGUGGAGGCCCCUGCAUGGUGUGCGAGUGUCUGCACAGGGGUAUCACACGCUGCUCCCCCUAUUGCCCGCUGGGCAGCUGCCCCCAGGGCUGGGUCCUGGUGGAGGGGAUGGGAGAAUCGUGUUGCCACUGUACACUGCCUGGCAAGAACCAGACAGUGGUCCCCAUGACCACUCCUGCCCCCACCUCCAGCCCUCCCAUGGGAGCGCCCCUGCUCACCUAUGUUCUGCCUCCUCUGGGGGAUGCCUGCUAUUCUCCCCUGGGCCUGGCCCAACUGCCCAUGUGGGCAUCAUCCCAGCACAUGGAACAGCCCACCCGGGCUGCCACGGAGGCUCCCACCAUAGGGCCUGGCCCUGGAGAGGGUGCUCAUGCUGAGUGGCACUCCCAGCCACUCUACCUGCAGCUGGACCUGCUGCAGCCUCGGAACCUAACUGGGAUCAUGGUGCAGGGGGUUGGCUCUUCCGCUGCUUAUGUCACCCGCUUGUCGCUCCAGUUCAGCAGCGAUGGUCUACAGUGGCAUGACUCUGUCAACUCCCUGCCCCUGCCCACGCUUUCCUCCGGGAGCCCGAGCCAUACGGCCCCUGAGGUAUGGACCUUCGACCAGAUGGUACAGGCGCGAUACGUCAGGGUGUGGCCACACGAUGGCCACCGCAACAACAUUCAGCGCGGUAUCUUCCUGUGGGUGGAGCUGCUGGGCUGUAAGCCAGUGUCCCCACUGGCACCCCCAUGUCCAGGGACCAGGCACCGCUGUGCCAGUGGUGAAUGUGUCCCAAAAGGAGGGUCGUGUGAUGGUGCUGUGGACUGCAAGGAGAGCUCUGAUGAGGAGGGCUGUGGGCCCCUUCCUGCAGGCACCACCAGCAGGGUCCAUUCCACAGUCAGGACUCCAGUCCCCUCCUCCACCCAGCCUGGAAAGUUUCCAGCCCAGCCCAGGGAGGGUCUGGCAGACAUGGAGAACCAGCAGCCCAAGCAGGAAUCAUCCAUGCCUACUGGAGGGAAGACAGCAGGUCCCAUUCGCACUCCCGAGACUCCUCUGCCUGCUUCAGGGCAGCCCAUGCAGCCGCUGACCACCAUCUCCACAUUCCCUCCUGGCGCCAAGAGCCUGCACCCAGGAAUGGCAGCUGUGACGGUGCUUCCCCCCGACUCCAUCACUCCUGCGGCUCCUACUGGCCAAAGUGUCGCCCCCAGACCCUUCCCACCCACAUGGUGUGGCCCUGGGCAGAUGCCCUGUGAUGUGCUGGGCUGUGUGGAGCAGAAGCAGCUGUGUGAUGGAAGGGAGGACUGUCUUGAUGGCUCCGAUGAGCAGCACUGCGCCAGUGCUGGUCCCUUCACUGUGCCUACCACUGCCCUCCCUGGGAUGCCAGCCUCAGUGGCCCUCUGCUCCCCAAGUCAGCUGAGCUGUGGCAGUGGAGAGUGUCUCCCUCGUGAGCAGCGCUGUGACCUUCAGCUGAACUGCCAGGACGGCUCUGAUGAGGACGGCUGUGUGGACUGUGUGUUGGCACCGUGGUCUGGCUGGAGCCACUGCAGCCACAGCUGUGGCCUGGGCCUCAUCUUCCAGCGCCGGGAGCUGCUGAGACCUCCCCUGCCUGGGGGCAGCUGUCUGUUGGACCAGCUCCGUAGCCAGCCCUGCUUCGUGCAAGCCUGCCCAGUGGCUGGUGCAUGGUCAGAGUGGGGGCCCUGGGAGCCCUGCAGUGUCUCCUGUGGAGGCGGCCACCAGAGUCGCCAGAGGAGCUGUGUGGACCCCCCACCCAAGAAUGGUGGUGCUCCCUGCCCCGGGCCUUCCCAUGAGAGGGCACCCUGCGGCUUGCAGCUCUGCCCGGGUGACGCAGACUGUGAGCCAGGCCGUGUUCACGUGAAUGCUGAGCUGUGCCGGAAGGGGCUGGUACCCCCAUGUCCACCCUCCUGCCUGGACCCCGAGGCCAACAGAAGCUGCAGCGGGCGUUGUAUGGAAGGAUGCCGCUGCCCUCCUGGGCUUUUCCUCCAGGACUCUCACUGCCUGCCCCUCUCUGAAUGCCCCUGCCUGGCGGGCCAAGACCUGAGACAGCCCGGGCUGGCCUUCUUGCUGGACAACUGCAGCCAAUGUACCUGUGAGAAGGGGGCACUGCUGUGUGAGCCAGGAGGCUGCUCCCAGUCCUGUGGCUGGUCUGCCUGGUCCCCCUGGACACCUUGUGAUCGCUCCUGUGGCUCUGGAGUGAGGGCCAGGUUCAGGUCCCCCUCCAACCCUCCCGCGGCAUUCGGAGGUGCCCCGUGUGAAGGUGACGGGCAGGAACGGCAGGCCUGCUACACAGAAUGUGGGACAGAGAUGCCAGGUUGGACACCCUGGACAUCGUGGUCUUCCUGCUCCCAGAGCUGCCUUGUCCCUGGGGGGGACCCUGGCUGGCGGCAGCGUUCUCGGCUCUGCCCCAGCUCCAGGGACACAUUCUGCCCCGGAGAGGCCACCCAGGAGGAGCCCUGCAGCCCCCCUGUGUGCCCAGUGCCAAGUGCCUGGGGCCUGUGGGCUUCCUGGACCACCUGCUCAGCCUCCUGUAAUGGUGGCAUCCAGACUCGCGGGCGCAGCUGCUCCAGCUUGGCUCCUGGGAAUCCUGUGUGCCCAGGACCCCACACUCAGACCAGAGACUGUAACAUGCAUCCCUGCACAGACCAGUGCCCAGGGAACAUGGUGUUCCGCUCAGCAGAGCAGUGUCAGGAGGAGGGGGGUCCGUGCCCUCAGCUGUGCCUGGCACAGGACCCUGGGGUAGAGUGCACUGGCUCCUGUGCCCCCAGCUGCACCUGCCCCCCUGGCCUCUUCCUGCAUAAUGCCAGCUGCCUGCCCCGCAGCCAGUGCCCCUGUCAGCUGCACGGGCAGCUCUAUGCACCGGGAGCAGCAGCUCGCCUGGACUGCAACAACUGCACCUGUGUCUCUGGAGAAAUGGUGUGUACCUCAGAACUCUGCCCAGUUGCCUGUGGCUGGAGCCCCUGGACUCCAUGGAGUCCCUGCAGCCAAAGCUGUAACGUGGGCAUUCGACGGCGCUUCAGAGCAGGCACGGCACCACCAGCUGCCUUUGGGGGUGCCGAGUGCCAAGGUCCCAACAUAGAUGCUGAAUUCUGCAGUCUGAGGCCAUGCCGAGGUCCUGGUGCAGAGUGGGGUGCCUGGACUCCAUGCUCGGUGCCCUGUGGUGGUGGCUACAGAAACCGCACUCAAGGCAGUGGCCCACACAGCCCCAUUGAGUUCUCUACCUGCAGCCUGCAGCCUUGUGCAGGACCAGUGCCAGGCGUGUGUCCCAAGGGCCAGCAAUGGCUAGACUGUGCCCAGGGCCCGGCCUCCUGUGCCCAUCUCAGCACCCCUAGAGAGGCCAAUCAGACUUGCCAACCCGGCUGCUACUGCCUUUCUGGAAUGCUCCUGCUGAACAAUGUGUGUGUGCCUGCCCAGGACUGCCCCUGUACCCACAGGGGGCGCCUUCAUCCCCCGGGCAGUGCAGUGGUUCAUCCGUGUGAGAACUGCUCCUGUAUCUCCGGGCUCAUCACCAACUGCAGCUCCUGGCCUUGUGAGGAAGGUCAGCCUGCAUGGUCACCCUGGACCCCAUGGAGUAUGUGUUCAGCCUCCUGCAGUCCUGCCCGACGCCACCGGCACCGCUUCUGUGCCAGGCCCUCCAGUAUGGCACCCUUCAGCCUAGCUCCCCUGCCCACAGUGGCCCCCACAACCCUCUGCCCAGGCUCUGAGGCUGAGGAAGAACCAUGCCUCCUGCCAGGAUGUGACCAAGCGGGGAGCUGGAGUCCUUGGGGACCCUGGUCUGGCUGUAGUCGGAGCUGUGGAGGAGGCCUGCGGAGCCGAACCCGAGCCUGUGACCAGCCACCACCCCAGGGCCUAGGGGAUUUCUGUGAAGGACCUCAGGCCCAGGGGGAGGCCUGCCAGGCUCAACCAUGCCCAGUGAGCAACUGUAGCACCAUUGAAGGGGCAGAGUACAGCCCCUGUGGCCCUCCCUGCCCCCGCUCCUGUGAUGACCUUGUGCACUGUGUGUGGCGCUGCCAGCCGGGCUGUUAUUGUCCCCUGGGCAAGGUGCUGAGUGCUGAUGGGGCCAUCUGCGUGCAGCCCAGUCACUGCAGCUGCCUGGACCUGCUGACAGGGAAGCGCCACCACCCGGGCACGCAGCUGCCGAGGCCCGAUGGCUGUAACCACUGCACCUGCAUGGAGGGGAGACUUAACUGCACCGACCUGCCCUGCCAAGUGCCUGGAGCCUGGUGCCCAUGGUCAGAGUGGACAGCAUGCUCCCAGCCCUGCAGGGGCCAAACAAGGACCCGCUCCAGGGCCUGUGUCUGCCCUGCUCCCCAGCAUGGGGGUACCCCAUGCCCUGAGGAGGCAGGGGAGGCAGGGGUGCAGCAUCAAAGGGAGGCCUGCCCUAACCCCAGUGCAUGCCCAGUGGAUGGAGCAUGGGGCCCUUGGGGGCCGUGGUCUCCCUGUGAUGCGUGCCUGGGGCGGUCCCUUCGGAGCCGAGUGUGCGGCCAUCCUCCCACCUCUGACGGAGGCAGGCCUUGUCCUGGGGGCCACCAGCAGAGUCGCCCUUGUGGAGACACUUCCGCCCUGUGCACAGACUGUGGCGGGGGCCAGGAUCUCUUGCCCUGUGGGCAGCCCUGUCCUCACUCCUGCCAGGACCUGUCCUUUGGCAGUACAUGCCUGCCAGGCACGGCCGACGGCUGCCAGUCUGGCUGCGGGUGUCCCCCAGGCCGGCUCUCCCAGGAUGGGCUCUGUGUGCUCCCUGCUGACUGUCCCUGCCACUUCCAGCCCAGAGCCAUGGGGAUCCCUGAGAACCAGAGCCGGUCAGUAGGGUCCACACUCAGCUCCUGGGAGAGCCUGGCACCUGGAGAGGUGGUGGCUGGGCCCUGUGACAACUGCACCUGUGUGGCGGGCAUCCUGCAAUGCCAUGAGGUGCCCAGCUGCCCUGGACCUGGCAUGUGGAGCUCCUGGGGCCCCUGGGAGAGAUGCAGUGUCUCCUGCGGGGGAGGGGAGCAGCUACGCUCCAGACACUGUGCCCGACCCCCCUGCCCUGGGCUGGCUCGACAAAGCCGAACUUGUCACGUCCAGGUCUGCAGAGAGACAGGCUGCCCAGUGGGCCGACUAUACCGUGAAUGCCAGCCCGGCGAGGGGUGCCCCUUCUCAUGUGCUCACAUCAUGGGACAGGUGGCCUGCUUCUCUGAGAGCUGUGAGGAGGGGUGCCACUGUCCUGAGGGCACCUUUCAGCAUCACUUGGCCUGUGUCCAGCUCUUCUGUACAGAAAUCUGGCUGACUCUCUGCCCAGGUUCACAGCCUACAGGCUUUCAGUCCCAUGUGUGCCGGGAAAUGCCUCCUGAGGCCCAGGAAUGCCCCUGUGUGCUGACAGCCUCGCUGCUGCAGGAGCUGGGGGCCAGCACUGCCCCCGGAACCUACCUAGCCCUUCUGGGAGAUGAGAGCCAGCCCCUUGGACCUGGAGAUGAGCUGCACUCAGGCCAGAUGCUUCAAACAGCCUGUGGAAAUUGCUCCUGUCUUCACGGGAAGCUGUCUUGCUCAAUGGAGGAAUGCUCCAGGGCCCAUGGCAGCUUUGGUCCCUGGAGCGUGUGGAGUCCGUGCUCCCGCUCCUGUGGUGGGCUGGGUACUCGCACCCGCACCCGCCAAUGUGUGCAUCCCACACUUCUUCCUGGUGGACUGAGAUGCCACGGGCCCCUUCAGGACCUAGAGUACUGCUUCAGCCCGGAAUGCCCUGGGACAGCAGGGUCCACGCGGGAGCCAGUGACAAGCCUCGCAGGUGGCUGGGGCCCAUGGUCGUUGUGGUCUCCAUGUUCCCACAGCUGCACGGACCCUGCUCACCCAACAUGGCGCAGCCGUACACGCCUGUGCUUGGGCAACUGUACAAUGGGCGACUCCUUACAAGAGCGUCCAUGCAACCUACCCUCGUGUACAACUCUGCCCCUGUGCCCUGGCCCUGGGUGUGGGUCAGAGAACUGUUCCUGGACAUCUUGGGCCCCCUGGGAGCCAUGCUCCCGCAGCUGUGGGGUGGGCCAGCAGCGCCGCCUACGAGCAUACCAUCCCCCUGGCCCCGGUGGACACUGGUGCUCUGACAUCCUGACCGCAUACCAGGAGCGCCGCUUCUGCAACCUUCGAGCCUGUCCAGUGCCUGGGGGCUGGUCCUGCUGGAGUCCCUGGUCCUGGUGUGAUCGCAGCUGUGGAGGGGGCCGAUCCCUGAGGAGCAGAAGCUGCUCAAGCCCACCACCCAAGAAUGGGGGAGCAUCCUGUGUCGGGGAGAGGCACCACAUCCGGUCCUGCAAUCCCAUGGCGUGUGAGGAAGGCUGCCCAGCAGGCAUGGAGAUAGUGAGCUGUGCCAACCGCUGCCCCCACCGCUGCUCAGACCUGCAGGAGGGAGUCAUGUGUCAGGAGGACCAGGCCUGCCAGCUGGGCUGUGGCUGCUCUGAAGGGUUUCUGGAGCAGGAUGGUGGCUGUGUACCAGUUGGGCACUGUGAAUGCACAGAUGCCCAGGGCCGCAGCUGGGCCCCAGGGAGCCGGCAUCAGGAUGCCUGCAACAACUGUUCCUGUCAGGCUGGGCAACUCUCGUGCACUGCUCAGCCCUGCCCACCUCCUGCCCACUGUGCCUGGAGCCGCUGGUCGGCCUGGAGUCCCUGCAGUCACUCAUGUGGACCUCAAGGGCGGCAGAGUCGCUUUAGGUCCUCCACAUCAGGCUCGUGGGCCCUGGAGUGUCAGAAGGAGCAGUCACAGAGCCGGCCUUGCCCCGAGGCCCCCUGCCCACCCCUGUGCCUACAUGAAGCCCAUCCUCAUGCCCUGGGGGACAGCUGGCUGCAGGGAGAGUGCCAGCAGUGUUCCUGCACCCCAGAGGGAGUGAUCUGCAAAGACACUGAGUGUGCAGUGCCUGGGGGCUGGACGUUGUGGUCCUCCUGGUCCCACUGCUCUGUCUACUGUGGAGGUGGAAGCUGGGCUCGCACUCGAUCCUGCAUGGUGUCAGCUCCUCAGCCUGGGAGCCGACUUUGCCAGGGCCCAGACACCCAGACCCAGCCUUGUGGGCAGCCGCAGUGCCUGCAGCUGCCAGAGACCUGCUCCUGGGGACCGUGGGGACCCUGUUCCCGCAGCUGUGGCACAGGCCUAGCCUCCCGCUCUGGAUUCUGCCCCUGCCUACUGGCCAAAGAGGACUCCAUGUGUAAUGACACGUUCUCACACGUGGACACUCAGGCCUGCUACCCAGGGCCUUGCCAGGAGGACUGCAUAUGGAGUGACUGGAGCAGCUGGACACGCUGCUCCUGUAAGGUCCUGGUGCAGCAGCGUUACCGACACCAGGGGCCAGCACCUGGCCGGGCUGAGGGGGGCGCUCCUUGCACACGUCUGGACGGCCACUUCCGGCCAUGCACCAUUGGCAACUGCUCAGAGGACAGCUGCCCACCCCCCUUCGAGUUCCGGUCGUGUGGCUCCCCCUGUGCGGGGCUCUGUGCCACACAUCUGAGCCAUCAGCUCUGCCAGGACUUGCCGCCUUGCCAGCCUGGCUGCUACUGUCCCAAGGGCCUGCUGGAGCAGGCUGGCAACUGCAUUCUCCCAGAACAGUGCAACUGCUGGUAUACCUCCGGAGAGGGAGCUAGGGUGACCCUGGCCCCUGGGGACCGCCUGCAGCUAGGCUGUAAGGAAUGUGAAUGCCAGAGUGGAGAGCUGCAGUGUUCCAGCCAAGGGUGUGAAGGUCUUCUGCCUCUGACUGGAUGGUCGGAGUGGUCACCUUGUGGGCCCUGCCUGCCCCCAAGUGCCCUGGCCGCUGCCUCCAAGACUGCCCUGGAGGGGCACUGGCCUCUGACCACAUCAGGCCUGCCUGUGACCUCAGUCGCUCUGUUAGCCUCAGAGCAGUACCGGUACCGUCUCUGCUUGGACCCUGAGACGGGGAGGCCCUGGGCAGGAGACCCUGCACUCUGUACUGUGCCCCUCAGCCAACAACGCCUCUGCCCUGACCCUGGAGCCUGCAAUGACACAUGCCAAUGGGGUCCUUGGGGACCUUGGAGCCCCUGCCAAUUGCCCUGCAGUGGGGGAUUCAAGCUGCGCUGGAGAAAGGCAAGACAUACCUCUGGAGGAGACUGCCGUGGACCAUGGGCUCAGACACAAAGCUGCAAUAUGGGAUCUUGCCCAGACAUUUACUUCUGGACCCCAGGGGAGAGCUGUGAGACCCGGGACACCGUGUUUACCCUUGACUGUGCCAACCAAUGCCCUCGAAGCUGUGCUGACCUCUGGGAUGGUGUUCAGUGUCUGCAGGGACCCUGCAGCCCAGGCUGCCGAUGUCCUCCUGGUCAGCUGGUGCAGGACGGACACUGUGUGCCCAUCUCCUCUUGCCACUGUGGCCUGCCCAGUGCCAAUGGUUCAUGGGAGCUGGUCCCCACACAGGUGGUCCAGCUGGACUGCCAUACCUGCACGUGCCUCAAUGGGUCCCUGGUGUGUCCACCCCUCGAGUGCCCAGUCCUAGGACCUUGGUCAUCCUGGAGCGAGUGCUCAGCUGUCUGUGGUGGGGGCACCAUGGUGCGCCACAGGAGUUGUGAGGAGCGUCCUGAGGGCGCACCGUGCCGGGCCCUGGACACACAGCAGUGGCAAGAGUGUAACCUGCAGAGCUGCCCUGAGUGUCCACCUGGGCAGGUGCUCAGUACGUGUGCCACUUCGUGCCCCAGACUCUGCUCCCACUUGCAGCCUGGCACCAUCUGUGUGCAGGAAGCCUGCCAGCUUGGCUGUAGCUGCCCUGGGGGGCAGCUGCUGCACAAUGGCACGUGCAUUUCCCCGGCUGCCUGCCCCUGCUCCCAGCGUUCCUUGCCCUGGGGCCUCACCCUACCCCUGGAAGAACAGGCCCGGGAGCUGCCCCCAGGGACUGUGCUCACCUGGAACUGCACGCACUGCGCCUGUCAAGGUGGAGCCUUCACCUGCUCCCUCACCGACUGUCAGGGGUGCCCUCCCGGGGAAAUAUGGCAGCAUGUGGCCCCAGGGGAGCCAGGGCCUUGCGAAAAGACAUGCCCGGAAAUGAACACGACACUGGCGUGGAACAGCUGCCCCGAGGCACGGGCUCCAGGCUGUGUGUGUCAGCCCGGGCACUUCCGCAGCCGGACCAGCGGUUGUGUUCCCGAAGACCACUGCGAAUGCUGGCACCAUGGGCGUCUCCACUUGCCUGGAUCUGAAUGGCAGGAGCCCUGUGACAGCUGCCUCUGCCUCCGUGGGAAGAGCUUCUGCACCCGACACUGCCCCGGCCUCACCUGUGCCCAGGGUGAAGUGAUGGUGCAGGAGCCAGGGAGCUGCUGUCCCCUUUGUCGACGGGACACUCUGGAGGAACCAGCCUCCUGCCGGCACCUCACAGAACUCAGAAACCUCACCAAGGGCCCCUGCCGCCUGGAUCUCGUAGAAGUGAGCUACUGCAGUGGGCAUUGCAGGUCCAGCACCAACGUCAUGACUGAGGAGCCCUACCUGCAGAGCCUGUGUGACUGCUGUAGCUACCAUCUAGAUCCUGACAGCCCCGUGCGGCUCCUGAACCUCCACUGCCCCGACGGCCACACAGAGCCAGUGGUGUUGCCAGUGAUUCACAGCUGCCAGUGCAGUGCCUGCCAGGAUGGUGAUUUCUCAAAGCACUGACAGGCUCCGCUGGACGCAUCUGGGCUGUCUCUUGUGACCGUGGGGCUCUGCGGCACUCCCCACUUCCUUCAGUGCCCACUUGCCUGCCUCUGGCUCUAGACCCGUGGCAUUAGCAUAUUCCCAAUAAAGUAAUGCUGGCAACUGAU